AUGUCCGUCGAGAGCACAAAAUGUCACCGUCCAAGAGAUAGUCUCUUUUCUUGGAGUUCGGGCUUCGAUAAUUUCACGGGAUUUGUCAACUGGGGCUUCUUACUGCUAGGUAUCGGUGGUAUCCGGUUACUGCUUGAAAAUUUCAUAAAAUAUGGAAUCAGAGUGGAUCCCUGGCAAUGGUUUCUCUUCCUUAGCGGCAAAGACGAGAAUGGCGGCGAAGAAUAUCCGUCAUUGCUGCUGAUCUGCUAUUCUACCGUGCCGGUGGGCCUUUGUCUACUGAUCGAGAAAGGACUGUCAGUGGAUAUCGUAGCUCAUGGCACGGGAAUGGUGUUCCACGUCAUAAACCUCGUUGUGAUGGUACUGAUGCCGAUGGUGGUCAUCCACGUGAAGGAUUCCGGAUUCAGCUUGGUUGGUGCCAUGUACGUGUGUAUGCUGUACGCCACUCUCUUUUUGAAGCUAUGGUCGUACGUACAAGUAAAUAUGUGGUGCCGCUUGAGCAACCGAAAGAAAACCACGCAAGGCAGAAUGAGACGUCAGCUGUCUUAUAGUAAUCUUCAGUCUUCCGGCAUUCAGCAGAGUGCAAAUGAUGUCAUCGAAUUUGAACACGAGAUGAACGACCGCGGAAACGCGUUGGUCCAAUAUCCUGACAAUCUAAACUUUGGCGAUCUUUAUUACUAUAUAUUGGCGCCUACUUUGUGCUACGAAUUGAAUUUUCCCAGAACACAGCGGAUUCGAAAAAGGUUUCUUAUAAAACGGAUAUUGGAAGUUGUCGUAGGAUGCCAAAUGAUGAUGUCGCUUUUCCAACAAUGGAUGAUACCUUCCGUGAAGAAUUCAUUAAUCCCUUUUAGCAAUAUGGACGUAGCCAAGGCCUCCGAGCGUCUUCUCAAGCUGGCGAUACCAAAUCAUUUAAUAUGGCUUUGCUUCUUCUACUUGAUAUUUCACUCCUUUUUGAAUCUAUUGGGUGAGUUACUACACUUUGCAGAUCGAAAUUUUUACAACGAUUGGUGGAACGCCAAUAAUAUCGAUACGUUCUGGAGAACCUGGAAUAUGCCAGUGCAUCGCUGGGCUGUGCGACAUCUCUAUAUUCCAGUAGUAGAAAUGGGCUAUGGUAAAACCACGGCGUCGGUAACUGUUUUUUUUAUUAGCGCUUUCUUCCACGAGUAUCUUGUCAGCGUACCCUUGAAGACGUUCAAGAUAUGGGCGUUUAUGGGUAUGAUGGGACAGAUACCACUGUCGGUGUUGAGCAAGAUGGCGGAACGAUACUGCGGCGCCAGAUGGGGCAACAUCGUCGUAUGGGCGAGCCUCAUCAUCGGGCAACCACUUUGUAUAAUGAUGUAUUAUCACGAUUACGUUGUAACUCAUUUUGGCGAGACUCUGAUCGAGGACUAUUCCGUGGUGUAAGGGAGCGUUAAAAAAGAUGAAGACGUAGGAGUGAAGGAGCGCAGGAAGUUCUCCAAGAGAAACUCGCGAUCGACCUGUCGCUUCCCCGUGAAACUGUCGUUUUCACCGAUUGCGGAUUUACGUAACUUCCGGUUUGUGUUUCGGGUGGGGGGAAAAUUCCUCGAAUCAUCGUCUUGUCAUUUAAUUACAAUGCGAUGAUUUACGUCUGUCUGAAAAUUUGAUAAUACAUAUGUGCCUUAUACGUAUCUUCGCGAAUGAACGUUGAAGCGAAAGCGAGAUUGUUCGUGAAUUAUUUGAAGAUACUAUUUUGUUUUUUAUAAGAAUAUUUUCUACAUGAUAUUUGAAAAUGCUGUAAAUAGUCGCUAGCGAUUAGGUGUGUACAGCAAAAGUCAAUAAUUUUUGUACAAUAACUUUGCGGCGCUUCCACGCCGGAGAAGGCGAAACUGUUGUCAAAUAAACAAGAUAUUUCACAUUA